CGAACUUUUAAUUACAUUAAUAUAAAAUCCUAUUCGCAAUCAAAAAUUCUACUUAAUAAAUUGAAUAUCAAUUCGAAUAAUUGGAAAGAGCAACUUGAUAAGACGAUGCAAAUUUUCCCGAAUUUUAUAACAGUUGAAGAAGAAAUAUCUUUAACUGAAGAAAUUGAUCCUUAUAUAAAAAGAUUACGAUAUGAACAAUCCCAUUGGGAUGAUGCAAUACAUAGUUAUAGAGAGACGGAAAAAAGUAAAUGGAAUGAAAAAAAUAUAAAAAUAAUAGAUAAAAUUCGGAAAAAAGCAUUUUCCAAAGAAAUAUCUCAUAUUCCAUUAAUACACGUUUUAGACUUAGCAUCUGAAGGAUGGAUAAAACCACAUGUUGAUAGUAUAAAAUUCUGUGGAGAAAUUAUUGCUGGUUUAAGUUUGUUAACAGAUAGUGUAAUGAGAUUAAAAAUGGUUGAUAAUGAAUCAUUAUAUAAAGAUUUCUUAUUAUCAAGAAGAUCUUUAUAUAUAAUGAGUGGCAUUGCUAGAUAUAAUUAUACACAUGAAAUUUUAAAAAAUAAGGAAUCCUUUUUUAAAGGACAAUAUAUAUUAAAAAAUAGACGUAUUUCAAUAAUAUGUAGGAGUCAACCAAAUCAUAAUUAUAAACAAUAUUGA